CAGGAAGGGCAGGUUGCUCUCCAUGGCCCCCUGGCCCAACACAGGUGUCUUCUCUGCAGGCACGGCAGGCAUGGCCCACUACAAGACGGAGCAGGAUGACUGGCUGAUUGUCUGCCUGAAGUAUUUACUCUUCGUCUUUAACUUCUUCUUCUGGGUCGGGGGCGCGGCCGUCCUGGCCGUGGGUGUCUGGACCCUGGUGGAGAAGAGCGGCUACCUCAGCGUCCUGGCCUCCAGCACCUUCGCCGCCUCUGCCUACAUUCUCAUCUUCGCGGGCGCCCUCGUCAUGGUGACCGGCUUCCUGGGCUUCAGCGCCAUCCUCCGGGAGCAGCGGGGCUGCCUCUCCACGUAUUUCUGCCUGUUGCUUGUCAUCUUCCUGGUCGAGCUGGUGGCGGGAAUCCUGGCCCACGUGUAUUACCAGAGGCUGAGCGACGAGCUGAAGCAGCACUUGAACCGUACUCUGUCGGAGAACUACGGGCAGCCUGGAGCCACGGAGAUCACCGCCUCGGUGGACCGUCUCCAGCAGGACUUCAAGUGCUGUGGAAGCAACAGCUCAGCCGACUGGCAGCACAGCACCUACAUCCUGUCGAGGGAGGCUGAGGACCGCCGGGUGCCCGACAGCUGCUGCAAGACGGUGGUGGCACGCUGUGGCCAGCGGGCCCACCCCUCCAACAUCUACAAGGUGGAGGGAGGCUGCAUCACCAAGCUAGAGCAGUUCCUGGCUGACCACCUGCUACUCAUGGGGGCAGUGGGCAUCGGGGUGGCCUGUCUGCAGGCUGAAUCCCAUGGUCAGUCUCUUCCCCAGAGAACAUGAAGGAAAAUGCCCGGGGGACAGCUUGAACUUGUGAGGAACAGGGACCUGGGAGGAGUAUGCGUGUGGGCUCAGGUAUGUGCAUGCACCCUGUGUGUGUGCACGUGGGAGCGUGUGCUCAGCUGCUGUGGCGUGCCUGGGUCCAUGAGUGUCUGCAUGCCUCUGGGGCUGUGUGGUUGGGCCACGCACAUAUAUGUGUUUAGGGGUGCUUGUUAGUGUGUGUGCAUGUACCUGCACUCAUUCCUUCCUCUGUGUGUGUGUGUGUGUGUGUGUGUGUGUGUGUGUACAGUCAUUCAGCCAGCUGUGGAUCAAAAAUAUUAGGAAAAAAAUAGAUGACUGCAUCUGUAAACACAUACAGACAUUUUUCCUUAUUAUCCCGAUAUAAUACAGCAUCACAGUUAUUUACAUCGCACUUACAUGGCAUUAGGUACUAUGCGUAACCUAGAGAUGACAACGUGAACAGGAGGUUGUGCACAGAUGUCAGCAAAUGCCACGGUAUUUCACAUGAGGGACUCGAGCCCGUGUGGGUUUUGAUAUCCAGGACGGCUAUACGCAUGCGCUCCCUGAGGAUGAGCAAUGCCCUGGCUCCCGUGUCUCCCUUCCACCCCCCACCCAGCGCCAUGCAGGAAGUCGGCAUCACUCUCCCAGAGUGCUCCAGUCCAGGGUCACGGCAGGGCAGCCAGGAGGGACUCCUCCUCGGCUGGGGCAGAUCCAGCCGCCCUCACAGGCACGCCUGCUUCCACCCCGCAGGGGCUGGGCGAGGGCUGCCGUUCUGGAGGCUGCUCCACAGCCCUUCCCAGCCUUCCCAGCCCUUCCCACCCCAGGGCUCUGAGCUCUGUCCAGGCUUCGGCCUCAGAAGACCUGGGUCCUAUCCUGGCUUUGCUCCUGUGUGACCUCGAGCUACUUAACCUCCCUGUGCCUCAGCUACUUCAUAUGCACAAUGUGGGCAACUUCCCCAGCCUCAUAAGGUCUACAUAAGAAUGAGGUGAUACGUGUGACCCACUUACAGUGCCUGGCACACAGGAAGGCCUCUGUAAGUGGAAGCUGCCUUUAUCCAGCUAUCUGCAGACUCCAGAGGUUUGCAGCUACUUCCUCGCAUUGGGUCCCCACGACAGCCUGAGCCCCAGGCCAGACAGGUGCUCUCCCAUUUACAAAUCAGACAGGUGACUUACCCAGGGUCUCAUGCCCUGAACUGGCGCCCAGGUCUCCUGGCUUUGGGCCUUUUCUUUCCCACACUUCCCACCUUGACGAAGAGGUCUGUGGGAAAGAGAAGCAGGGGGCGGCAGCUGGCUCGGAGGCACUUGCAGUAUAGGGUCCCUUCGGCUCACCGUGCUGCCUACCCACAGUGUCUGUGGCCUGGAGGAGCCAGCUAGAGUGCCUAGCCUCUGGAGAGAGAGCCAUCUUGGUCCUGCCACCUAAGAGCUGUGUGUUACCUAGGGCCAGUGAUUUCAUCUCUGAGCUUCAGUUUCUUGUUUGUAAAAUGAGGCUAAUUAUAAUUCAUUUGGUGGCUGUGAAAAGCAAUAUACAUGCAAUAUACAUUAGCAAUAUACAUGCAAAUCCCUUGGCUCUUUGCUGAGCAGACAGCACAUGUUCAAUAAAUGACACCCAUCAUUUUUAUCAUUUCUACGUGGGCACAUUGUCUCUCAAAAAAAAAUCUCACUUGUUCACUGGCCAGGCCAACCUUCUCCCCUUCACUCUCACUCCCCUGCAGGGCCAGGGAGCCCCCGGCAGCCUUAGCAUCCCCCUUUGCACUGCCCCAAGGCAGGCCUUUUGUCCCAGAGGAGUUUCACUGGGACCUGGGGAAGGGCUGCUCUGUCUCCAGUGCCUGGCUCAGCUGAGGUUUCCAGAAACCUGUUACUCAGGUGUUGAGGGGCUGCUCUGGAGGGACACCGACCGGGCCUGGGCCACUCUGUCCAUUUCUUCUUGACUUCUCUGGCCUCAAGAGCCUGUAGAAUGUGCAGACGGGCAGUGGACUGAGGCAGGGAGUGGGGCUGCGAAUGCCCCAAGCCUAAGGUCAAUAGAACAGUCCUGCUGUGCAAGUCUGAGGUGGAGGAGGCCAGGUCGCCGGGCAGUGUACCUGCAGGCCACGACACCUCUGCCCACUCACAACCCCCACCGUGACCCUCUCUGUUCCGCCAUGGCCCGCAGGAAUGGCUCCUGCUGGAUCUCAGCCCCUUGCUGCCUUUUCUCCCCCGCGGGCCACUGAGCCAGCCCUGCCAGGCCUCGGGUUAGAGCGCCCUCUGCCGGCCACCGCCCGAGCACUGCAGGUGGGCCGAAGCUUUGAGAAAGUCUGGUCCCAGGCCUCUUCCCCCAGCUCAGAGUCAUCUUCCAGCCGGUGCAGACACCAGGCACAUGCCUCUCCCACAUACCCAGCCUGGCAUCCUGAAGACUCCCAAGGUUCGGGAGAUACCAGCCCAAGAUUGGGUCAUAAUAUUCCCUGGUCCCCAGAAACCGGAAGACAUCUUGCUUGGGAGUUAGAGCACCUGGAUUCUAAACAUAGCUCCACCUCAUGCUGUGUGACCUCAGGAAAGUCACAUUCCCUCUCUGAGCCCGUAGUUUCUUACCUGCAAAAUGGAGGGAUUGGAUUCUUUUGAGCCCGUGUUAAGCAGCAGCAUCCUCUUAUCAAUGGAAAUCUCCCAUAGAGAGACGCAUAGAAGGUGAGCAGUGGAUAGGAGCAGGGGUAAGCCCAGUGUGACAGCCUCCCUCACUGCCCUCUGUGGCCCUGAGCUACCCUUGGAGUUUCUGAUACAGUUUGGAAAGUGUGGGCCCACCGCACCUCCCAAGAACCUUCUGGUUCUAACGUUCUGUCAGUUUUUGGUAAGCUUUCCACCUCAGUGACCAAAUUAUUUUGAGAUUAAUGUCCUGCAACAUUGUAGAAUGUUAAAGCAGAUGGUUUGUGAACACUCUGAAAACUAAGAAGGAAAUCCAACGAGCAUAACAAGCCCUGAUCUCGGCCGGGUAUUUGGCAAUGGCCCCUCACUGCCGCGGAGACGCGUGGGCCAGGCACUGGGCGUGGGUGAGAGGAAGCGUGGCAGCCGGGGGACCAUGGACCAUGCUGUCGCAGGGAGAUGGGAGGGCUAAUGUCAGCCUGGUGAAAGGUCUCUAGGGGGGCUGCAGCCUUCAGCCUCAGCCCUGUCUCCUCCAAGUUGGGUGACCUCAGUGGAGACCCAGGUAGCAUGCUAGUCCCCUCUGACAACGGCCACACCUGCAGGGCUGGCUGGUCUGCUGAAUGAUAAAGCCAGCACUGAGAAAAGACCUUGGGGGGUGGGGAAGAUGUGCUGGGAUGAAGAGUGAACAGAGCUGAGUCCAUGCGUUGGAGCUCUGUAGUGUUUUGUAUGUAAGACGACGACACAGGGCCGUACAUCUGCCCGAGUUAUGUGGCAGGGUGCUGCCCACGGAGAUGCAGCCUGGGCCUGCACGGGUAGAAAUCAUGGUCCCGGGUGGUCCAGACCUCCACAGAGCCUCCAGGGCAGUGGUCCUCACCCUUGGCUGCCAUCGAGCCCCCCUGAUGAGCCUUGAAACUGCCCCAGGCGGAGGCCGAAAGCCCAACAGUUCCGGCACCCAGACGUCAGUGCCUGUGGACAGCUCCUGGGGAUCCCACGGUGCGGCCGACGCAGAGGGCGUGGCAAGGGGCACGUGGGCCUGGAAGUCGAAGGUGAGGGGUCAGGAGAUGCGGGAAGACAGCACCGUCACCAUCUGGGAACACCCAGGCAGUCACGUGGGGCAGGGAGGGGACUUUUCCUGAGAGGUUCCAUAGGACACAGAACCGUAGGUGGAAUUUACAAGGAGACAGGUUCGAGAACUUUUCCACGAUUAGAACUGUUAAGCAGCGGUCCUUGCAGAGGGACUAAGCUCUCUGCAGCUGCAGGUUUGGGCCGAGGCUGGGGGCUGGCAGGGAUGAGAAGGGAGGCCCCUCCACGCCGAGGUCCUGCAUUCUGGGGGUGCUCCUGUUCUUUCAGCAGGGCCCCACGGGCUCCUCCGCUCACGACACUGGAGGCAGUUUCAGACCUGGACAGGAUCAGCAGAGUCCUGAGGGACUGGGGUACCCCCAGAUCAUAGACGCGUACACGUGGAAGGGCCUUACAGACUGCGGGGCCAGUGCCGGCAGUCCAGCUGCACAUUAGGAUCAGGUUUCCGCAUUGCCAUUGCCCAGGCCCCAUCUGCACAGGUUCUGGCUCCAACCGCCUGGGCCGAGCCUGUGCAGAGCCUGUGCAUGGGUAUUUUUUAACCCCCCCGCCAGGUGAUUCUAAUGUGUGUUCAGGUUGCAAACGCCUGCGCCCAUCAUACUCAUACACAUCUAAGGACGCCAAGCCCUGCUGGAACGGACACACGCCACUGGCAGGGCUGCCCAGCACCCCAACUCAUGGGUCUCUUUCCUCUGCACCGGCUUCUCUUCUUGUGGGGGGCUCUGGAGGCACUCCACUUUGAGGGAACUUUAGGAGCUAAUUUCUAGAAUAUUGUGGCUGGGCAAUGUUUUACUAAAAAUGUCACAGUGGCCCAGCUCUCUUUUUCUGCAGCCUGCCUUACACAAAGCAGGCCUCCGCCCAGGGCACCUGCAGGGGAGGAGGAGAGGCACCUGCAGGGGAGGCGAAGGGGCACUCGCUGUGUCCACGUGGCCGCAGAGCCGCGGCACACCAGGCACUGUGCCAGUGCUGGGCCCCGCCUCGGGCAGGGCCCCGUCCUUUCUCCCAAGGAGUUGCGCUUGAGAGAAGGGGACGGACGAGUACAUGGGCUGCCACGGUCCAGUCCUCCAUGCUGUGUUAGCGUGCGCCCUGGGGUUUGAGGAGUAAACACUGGAGGCCUUAACCAGUCAGGAGAGGUCAGGGAAGGCUUCCUGGUGGAAGUGACAUGUAAUUAAGCCCAGAAGGAGGUUGACAGGAAGUGACAAGAGGGAGGAAAGAGCCAGACUGAGGGCACGGCAUGCGCAAAGUCCUGGCCGGUGGACAGAGAGUGGGGUCUUUAUCCUGAGGGCCCUUGGGAGCCACAGCCAGGCCUCUCAAAGGCUCAGGGUGCUGGAGGGCUGGGUGCUGUGCUGUUGGUCCUUGUCAUUCUAGUUUUUAAGAAUCUCACCAGGGAAGGCCCUGGACCAGUAUAUAAACUGGAGGCUUUCCUAUUGAUGAAGAGGAGUUUAAGGCUCAGAGAGGGCUAUAACUGUACCCAAGGUCACACAGCCCGUUGGUGCAAGCCCCAAAGAGAACCUAACCCACUACCACCCAUACAUUCUCCCAUUGUAAGAUGGAAACAUGGUUUAGAACACAGAAAACUCACAAGAUGGUCAAGAUUGGGAUCUGCAAGUCACUAACAGGGAAACCAAGCUCCCAGAACCUCUCUGGCGCUUCCUUCAUGCUGCCUGAUGACAAUCAGGUGCUGACUUAGAAACCUCAUAAGAAGCUGAAUGCAUGACAGCCUCCCUGUUAAAAAUGUCCCACGUAUGGCCAAGUGCCACGCCCAGGCAGCUACGAGCAGAGAGCACCACGCGGGCUGGGCCCAGAGCCUGCCCUGGCCUGCUGCCGUCUCCAGCUCCUGCAGCUAACUUGUCCUGUGUUGUCUCUGCUCACCCUGCUGGCUGAUUCGAGCCAUCCAUUCCGGUUUCUCAGCGUCCUCUGUCAGGAGGGAGAUGCCGCUCACUCAGGGGCAUGGUGGUUAACAUCCUUUAGCCGCCACGUGACUCAGGUGGGCUGUGUGCGUGUGGAUACACGUUGAUGAGGGCAUCCUUUACCCCUUUGCAUGAUUUAGGGUGCAGUUUGUGCAUGUGAUUGCAUGUGUACGUGCGCACAGAUGGCCCACACCCUCCACCUGUACUGUGCCUCUCCCGGGAGGCACCUGGGAACACACACACGUCUUGCAAAAGUGUGUCCACUGAGGAGCCUCCAGCCCUCCCCGGCAUGAGAUGUACACCGUAGGAGAUAUGGACGGAGCCUGCCGCACCGAUCUGUGCUGGGCCAACAUCUCCCUCUAGCCUCCCCCUUAGCACAGAUCAGAAAGAUCCAGAUGAGCCCACAGGAGAAUGAUCAAGCCAUGAGGUGGGGACAGGGAAGAGGGUGGAUGGCUGUGACAGCCACCUGCUCACAGCUAUGGGAGACAGGCAACCUUCUGAGCCACCUGUCAGCCUGUGCCCUGAGGCCCCAAGACAGACUACAUUGCACUUAGCACCCAGUGUGAACGCUGAAAGCAGUGUCCGUGCUCCCCACUGUCCUCCAGCUUGGGUGGGAUGGAGAGGUGGAGGAGGGGAAGAAGACGGGCUGCCCCUCUGCUACCUCCUUCAGCUAGCCUUGCAGAGAAAGACAAGGCGGGGGCCAGCCCACACGCAUCUCCAGCCUGUCCUCCACCCACUGGCUAGAGCUCCAUGUGCAUCCGAUUGGCCCCAGCAAGGUCAGGUCUCAGCACCUAUGGGAAGAGUUUCCUGCACUUAGAGAAAUCUGCCUUCACCCCGGGUGCCACGGGACAGCCAUGGGCUGCCCUAUCCCAGAGCCUCUCUCCUGUGGACAGAAUUGAGAUGCAGUGACAUGCCAUCAUCAUCAUUAGGAUCAUGAUGACAGUCAUGGGGCUCCUUGCCCUCAAUAUGUCCUUAGGUGGGAGGACUGAGAGAAAGAGGAGGAGGAAGGUGGAGGUGGGCCUGUGAAGAGCAAGGUGGGAGAAUAAAGGCCCUUGCAUUGUGGAAACGGGACAAGUGAGAUGGGGGUGAUUUUCCCAAACCCGCACUUGCCGGGACGUGCCCUUCUUGUCCAGCUAGUGGGUGCCGAUGGAGGGGCUGGCCGGCAGGGCUCCUAGGGCCUGGCUUGGUGCUGCAUUGUGUGUUGACUUACAGGAGGGGCUGGAGACGGCUCCAGGCGCUCCUCCCAGCGCCUCAGCUUCCCCAGUGGUUUCUGUGCAUCGCCAGAGAAGGGACAAGGGACCUGAGUUGUGCUCUGGAGUCUGAGAGCAGCAAGAUGCAGGCAGGCUCUUUCCUAGAGACCAGGACUGCUGCAGACGGUUCUGAUGAGGGAGUGGAAAUAUUACCACUCAGGAUCUGAUUAAAUUAGGCGGGACCAGCAGCCUGGCCCGGGAGCUUGCUAGGAAUACAGACUCUCAGGCUCCCCGGGCCUGCAGAGUUGUAACCUGCCAUCUCGUGAGGCUCCGAGGUGAUCUGUGCUCAUUAAAGUGUGAAAGACACUGCUCUGGGAUAGUGGCACUCUGUGUGGUCCCCUCACACCCCACCCUCACCCAGGAGCUGGUCAGAAAGCUGAGCUCUCAGGCCCCACCCCAGCCUCUGGGCACUGCCCUUUGCCCAGCCCCAGGGUGGCCUGUGCAUGCCAGCGUGAGCGGUCAGGGGGUCCUGACUUCUCUUUGCUCCUCUGCUCUCUCCCCUGGCAGAUCUGCGGGAUGGUUCUCACCUGCUGCCUGCACCGGAGGCUCCAGCAGUAUCUUUACUGAUGGCGACCCCACCCGACUGCCCCUGGCAAGGGCAGGUGCCCACAUGCUGAUCUGCUAGGACUGCAGAGUUAGUACCAGCUCUGCUAGGGCCACAGGCGCCCCUCCUCUGUGCCCUGCCCCCGCAAGUCCACCAAGUGCCUGAGACCACCGCUCCUGCUGCCCCCGACACAGGGCCCUCGCCCGCACCUCCACUGCUGAGCCCUCCCGCUGGGCCCUGGGCAGGGGAGGAAUCCUGCCACAGGACGGCCAGAGGCCCUCACCAGGCACGGGGUGCCCGUGGGCUCUGGGAGGGAGAGAACUGGGCUCUCUGCUCCCUCCCAGCUCCAGAACCCGGAACAGCGGGCUGCAAACCUGGCUCCCUAUAGGCCCCUUACAUUCUGCGUUUGAGUCCUCUAGUGGCCCUCAGAAGCCUCAGCUUGCUGUCCCCUCUGGGAAAGGUGUGAGCUGGCGCAGGUGGGGCUGGCUCUUCCCUCGGAGACCUGCGCACUCCCCGCACUGCCUGGAGAAUGGUGUCCUGCGGGGCCUGGGAGGGGAGGCAUAGGCUGAUGGAGCAGCCAGGGCAGGACGGAGGGGGUGGGGAGAGGAUGAUGGCACCAGCACCCGCUGCACCAGGAGCAGAGCCCGAACCCUGCCCAGCCGCCUUCCCAGGAGAAGUCCCCCUGGGAGGCCACGGCCCCAGGCCCCAGCCUCUAGUAACAUGCCCUCAGGGUUCUCCCAUUCCGGCGCCUGAUUUUUAGGAAUGCCAGGUGUUAAAACUAUCUUCAGCUCUUAA